AUGCAGAGCCCUUCUGGGAAAGUCUUCCAGCUCCCGCGAGAGGAGGGGGCAUUGCCAGUCGCUGGGGCGGGUGCAGGCCACCACGCCCAGGCCUCUGCGCCGAGCUGCCGUUCACUCAGGCUGCGCGCCGUGCGGGCCGGGCUGUGCGCCGGGGGCCCGUGUCCUGCCGUGUGUGAUCUGAGUGUGGACAUGUGCGUGCGGACCUGCGUGCUCUGUGUGAUUGGAAGGUCUCUGCUGGGGCUGAACCCCCGGAAGGAGCAGGUGGGAGGAAGGGCGGGUGACAGAUACUCAGCCAAGAACCUGGCAGGCCGGGUGCUCAGCCAAGUGCAGACGGAGGCCCCCGUGUCCCCUGGCCGCGGUCCCUCCACGCGCACCCCCUUCCCCGCAGCCCGGGGGCUAACAGUGCUGCUCACAGGGGCGCCUCCUGUCCUGGCCAAGUACAGGGACCGGGGCUGCAAAGAUCCUUUGCACAAGGAAGGACCCUCCGCCCCCAAGUUUGAGGUGUCCCUGUCCCUGAAGCAGACGGUGGGGGUGGACCCUGAGCCGGGCUCCUGCAGGCGCAAGAGUCCGUGCCCCCUGGUGCUGUCAGGACUCUUUGCCCUUGAUGACGACUUCCUGGUGUGGUGGUGUCAGGCCGCCUGGCCUCUGCCCCGACCCUCCGCCCGGGAGUUUCCUUUGCCCGCUCAGCCCCCUGGACGGGGUGCCCUGGGGCAGGUGGCUGCGCCUCUCGUGCCGACCCCCGCCUCCUGCUCGGCGAGCGGAGACUGGGGCUCAGCCUUCGUGGCCAGCACCCCCGGGGGCCCCAGGCCCUCCCCCCCACCCCGGUUGUUGGAGCCGCCAGCCGCGGGGUCCCCAGCUACUCACACGGCCCCUCGGUGUGGCGACCUCUGCGACCUCGGGGUGGCCGAUGAGCGCAGGUGUGUUCCCAGGAGAGCUCAGGAGGCGGAACGCCAGAGCCGAGGGGUCAGGGAAACCCGCACCCAGCCCUGUCUCCUGCCCUCCCAGACGGCGGGUGGGCCAGGUCGGGGGUCUCUCUGGGGGUCAGGGCAGGCUGGGGGCCCCCGUGCGCCGAGGCGCAGGGGGACAGCGUCUGUUCUCUGUGCUGGGACGCGUGGCCACUGCAGAAACCGGGGGGCCUGGGGGGCUGCGCUGGCCCGUGAUGCUGCCCUGCGUGCCCCCUGCCCUCAUGCUCGCUCGUCCCCCACCCAGCACAGGCCUGUCGCCCCGACCCCAGCUCCCUGCCCUGCACCCUCAGAGCCGCGCGGGAGCCAGAGCCUCCCCCAAGGGCACCCGCGUGACUCCAGGGAGAGUUCAGAGCUCAGAGCAGCCCCGGGGCUCCAGGCCAGUGUCCCUGCUGAGGUCCCAGGAGACACUUCCUGUCGCAGGGGAGGUCCCCAGGGGCUGCCGCGGCUGGGCCUGGAGCCUCGAGGACGCCGCCUGCACAAGGCCGGCCCGCUGCCCGCGCCUGUCGGAGCCCCGUGUACGGGGUGUCUGCGUGCAGCCCGCUGUGAAGCAUCGGGGGGGGGGUGUGGCCCCGCCUCAGGUGACCGUGUCUGUGCUCGUGAUCGCGGCUCCAAGGGUUGCCCCCCGCGUGGGGGUUUGGAGGCGUUCUUGCGUGCGGCUGGGUGCACCGGGCCUGCGUCUGCUCCUUGUGACUUUGCACGUGUGUGCUGGGGCAGGGUGACCCCUGGGGAGGGCAGACACUGGACAGGGGCAAACCCUCUCCCCCAGCGCCGCCGAGCCUCGCACAGGCCAGCGUGUGUCCUGCUCCCCCUGCCCCCGCCCCAGCCAGGUUUGAACCCCGACUCUCCCCUGGAGAGUGCAGCCACCUCGGCCCACGACCCAGCCUCUCUGAGCCAGGGCCUCGUCUGCAGAGUGGAAGCCGAGCUGCUGCCCCGGGAGCCGCGCACAGCGCAGGUCCCGUAGCCCCUUUCCUGCUGCGGUGAUUACCAUCCCGCUGCGUGGAUGGGGGCUCGUCCCCACCCACCGAGGGGCAUCGGGGUGCUUCUGAGUUUUGGCCAUUGCAACUACGGCUGCCGGAAACGUCGUGGGCAGGAUUUUGUGUGGAUGGAUGUCGUCUACGCCUUUGGGUAAAAGCUGAGGAACGUGAUUGCUGGACUGAACGGCAACGGGACGUUUGGU